AUGCAGAUUUUCGUGAAAACCCUCAUGAGGAAGACCAUCAGCCUCGAGUUUGAACCCUCGAUAACAAUAGAAAAUCGAAACUCCGUCUCAAAAAAAAAAAAUGUAAAGGCCACGAUCCAGGAUAAAGAAGGAAUUCCUCCUGAUCAGCAAAGACUGAUCUUUGCUGGUAAGCAACUGGAAGACGGACUUACUUUGUCUGACUACAACAUUCAAAAGGAGUCUACUCUUCAUCUUGUGUUGAGACUUUGUGGUGGUGCUAAGAAAAGGAAUAAGUCUUACACCACUCCCAAGAAGAAAGAGCACGAGAAAAAGAUUCAGCUGGCUGUCCUGAAAUACUAUGAGGUGGAUGAGAAUGGCAAAAUUAGUUGCCUUCAUCAAGAGUGCCCUUCUGGACCGGGCGCGAGUGCCCGCCCUUCUGAUGAAUGUGGUGCUAGAGUGUUUAUAGUAAGCCACUUUGACAGACAAAUUGUGGCAAAUGUUGUCUGA